AUGCUCGAAGAAGAUGACGAUGGUUAUGAUGGCCCCGACGCUUAUGUCGACGAGGAAGAUGAUCGUGUCUUGGAUUCAGAGGACCUUCAAGACUCCAUACAGGAGCCCUCCGGUGUCCCACAGCAAUCACCCAUGUUGAGCCAAAUCAUCCUAUCAUUAUUUAGUUCACAAAAUGUCCGGGCUGACACUGGUGGUGGCGGUAAUGCAAGGGGAGGUCGACAGCCCAGGACCAUCACUGUUCAAGACUUGCAGCGUUUGUGGGACUCACGUUCUGUGGAGUCUCCAGAUGGCGACAAUGAAGAAGAAGACGAUGACGGCUACGAAUUUGGACGAAUCGUAGGAGACUGGCACCAGCAAUGGUUCCCUCCAUACCAGGAACCUCAGAAGUCAGGUGUGGGGCUCCUCAUGGGAGGAGAAUUUGGUUGUGUGGGCCCGAAGAUCAGGAGUAGGAGAAACAAGAAGAAUGUUUCGCGGAUGAUUCUCGGCCAGUCCUCGCGACCCCGAGGGGCAGUGUCUAGAGAGCAUAUGACCAGUGAUCUCAUUCCGAAUACGAAUGGAACCGCCGUUGCGUCCUACGCCUCAAACGUUUACUGUGGACAAUUCUCAAGAGAUUCUUCAUUUUACUAUACCUGCUGUCAAGAUUUUCGCCUUCAUAUCUAUGACAUGACUUCGCCUCCCUCACCCUAUAUCAAGCGAACAAGGAACACACAGCGCAGCGCGACAGGAGUUUGGGAUGACAACGACCGCGACCAUGAGACGACACUCAAGGUAUUGAAGACUAUACAGGGGUGUCCUGGCCGUUGGACGAUUACAGAUUCUCACUUGAGUCCUGACAAUGAAAGGCAAUCACCGACGGUGUACAUGACAAGCACACUUGACUCAUCGUCUAAUCAAACUCCUAUCAGCUUUAAGGAUCCUAAUCAACGUCAGCGGUCUCGCGCACACUGGGGCUGGGAUGAUUAUGGCGAUGACGAGUCAUUUGGCAUCUGGAGCUGCAGGUUCUCUGCAGAUGGGAAUGAGGUCGUCGCUGGUGGAAGUCGUCAAAUAUUUGUUUAUGACCUCUUGGCUAACCGUAGGACAGUCAAGAUCAUUGCACACCAAGAUGACGUGAACAGCUGCUGUUGGGCUGACACUGCAUCGGGAAAUGUUCUAAUCAGCGCCUCAGAUGACACAUUUUUGAAAGUUUGGGACCGGCGUUCACUAGGUGCAUCACAAAGACCGUCAGGAGUCUUGGUGGGCCAUACAGAAGGCAUUACCAAUGUCUCAGCGAAAGGCGAUGGCCGUUAUAUCAUCUCAAACGGAAAGGAUCAGGCGUUACGUUUAUGGGAUUUGCGGAAGAUGUGCAGCAGCGAAGACUUUGACAAAAGUGCUGACCGCGACUAUAGGGCACCUUCAUUUGAUUACCGCUAUGGUCAUUACCCGAAACCAAGGCACGCUGCACACCCACGUGACUGUAGCGUUAUGACCUACAGAGGUCAUGCUGUCUUACGCACACUUAUCCGAUGCCACUUUAGUCCGGCUGAGACAACAGGUGGUCAAUACAUUUACUCCGGUUCGGCAGAUGGGAAAAUACACAUAUGGUCGCUCGAUGGACAAAUAGUACAGGUUCUCGAUCGCACGAAGACGUCGGCUAUGUCAUACGAUCCCUCGGCCGAGGAGUGUGGACUCCCCACUAGCACCCGUAGCACAGUUUGUGUACGAGAUGUCAGCUGGAACGGCAAUGAACCAAUGAUGAUGAGCGCUGCUUGGGAUGGAGGUCAUUCAUUAUCGAAGAGCGUCGUCGCGCGUCACGAAUGGAAGGGUCUCUCUAAGAUGUCGUACGCUCUAGAUGACUGGAUGGAGAAGCAGAACGUAGAGCGCAACGAACGGGCUGCACGAUCUAGUACUGUCACUUACGUAGUGAAACCCAGGGGUUUUCCAGAAGGAGUAACUAGUAACUGCCCCGUUGAAGUACUGCCCUUGACCACCACCACCAUGUCUGCGAAUGCUCAGCUCUAUGGAUUUCCUCCAGGAUACUUCGUGAUUCGUAACCUUGGGAAUGGUAGACUGUGGGAUGUUGGUGGAGAUGAGGUAGAAGAUAGUAUCGAGAUUCUGCUCUGGCCAGAGAAAGAAAAGUCUUUAGUUGAAACCUUCAGAAACCCAGAUGCUAAUAAUCAAGUAUUCUUUAUCGAUACUUCGGGCGCUCUUUGCUCAAGAUCGUCAGGACAUGCAAUCGAUAUCGAAGGGGACCGGUUAGUGCUUCGACAUCGCCGACCCAUCUCUCAGCCAUAUCCAAAUGAAUACUCGCAUCCUCUACCGCGUUUCUCAUACUCCCGAGAAACUCAGCAAAUCACUGCAUCUUUCCAGUGUGACCCCGCAUACCCUCCGCCAGCCGCGCAAACCUCGACCGCAUGGAUGCGAAAGACAUACGUCCUAUCAUCAAUUCCGAUGCCCAAACCAAAGUCACUGUUGAACAAUGCGUCGGCUUUCCUAACCUCCGCUGUUACAACCCCAAUUUCGUUUUUCUCUGGUGGCACAGCACAACGGAAGGCAACUCCUGAAGACGUUUUCAGUGGGGAUAUAGAACUCACUGAAGACGAAACUUUAGAGCAGGAUCGAGGUGUAGAAGGGGAAGCAGAUGAUUCUCCCGAGCUCCUCAGAAAACUCAGAGUUGUGACGAUCGGUCAGCGGGAUGCUCCUACAGAAGGCGAGAAUGCUAGAAAACGCCGCCAAUGGCAGAUUUUGCCCCUGCGUACAUCAGCCGCUCAUCGAAGACCAUUGUAG